ACGCACUGCAAAGAGGCGUCGGAAUCCAACACCAUCAACCGCACAGUGCACCGAGUUCUGGCUUCGUUGUGCUUGUGGAAUCAGUUGCUAGAAAACGCUCGACUCCUAUCAAACGUUCCGCUGUAGUGAAGCAGGGCGAGAGACCGCACAGCACCUAAAAUGUCUUCAAGAUUGGACGCGCUGCACAGCUGAAAACCGUAUACGGAGCGAACUGUCACAACAGCGAAAUCCGGAUUGCUUGGUGCAAGUCAACGCCACAGGAAGAGUGCGGUGGAACGCUCGCGAGUGUAGUUUUCUGUGUGUGGCACAGACUUGCGUACACACGGUGAGUGAAAAUCGGGACACGAAAACAAAAGCGGUAGGCAGCCAGCAGACCACCACCAAUCCAAAGCGAUCCUGUUCCGGAAUUCGAUUGCUCACACUCCCGGAACCAGGCGUGUCACCUUUUUUUUCUGUUGCAUGCUGUACCGCAUCAUUUUCUCACUGAUUGCUGUGUUGGUAAAAAGGCAAGAAGAAAAAAAACAGUGUGGUUCAAUCGCUUGCAUUUGCUAGGGAGCAACCAAUUCCAAAUUUUGCGUAUAGUGUACGUGUGAAUGUGUGUGAGUGUGGUCUGUGGUAGGCCGUCUGUUUUCCAAUUGGAAAAUUGUGUUUGUUUUGAUCAGUAUCACAGCCAGCCAGUGCGAAGGCAAACGUGUGAAAUUGUACGAGUUUGCGUGCGUGUGUGUGAGUGCGUGGAUCUGUGACGCGAGUAGCGGUAGUUGCACGAGUGUGUGGUGUAUGCGUUCGGUGAAAGAAUAGAAUUAGCAGUUGCCACCCUUUUUUGCUCCCUUUCUGGAUGAAAUGAAAAGGGCGUCUCGAAGGAAGUUGUGGGAAAGUUCCAGGUGUUGCCGUAGUGAAGAAAAGUGUUGCAAUUGUGCUUCCGGUCACAAAGUCCGCUGGUGAAUUCUUGUUACCGACCUGUAGGCGAGACCCUCUCCGAAACACUAUACAUCUGGAGAAGGAUGCAACAGCAGAAGCAUCGGUCGUUCAACAAGCGGCAGAUUGGGUUGCAUCGACAAGUGUGGCUUACAUAAUGCAGUGCUAGUUAAAUCAAGUCAGUAUGUCAUGAGAAGGAUUUCCGACAUCAAGCAGCUCCGGUAAACAAGUGCCUCUAAGUGCGGGAGGGAUUUACCAGCCAGCUAAGCUAGUCUGAACGCGAACCGUAAAACCAUCGUGGCGAUGGCGCGUGGCUUGUAACAACGUGUGUAGUGUAAAGUGUGUCCCUUGGUCCCUUUCGAAACACGGAAGCACAUUCGAGCGAUCAUGAAAAUAGCAGCAACAGUGCAUGCGAUGACGAUGCUGACACUGCGCUCAUUGGAGACAUCGACGAAAGCUGCUGCUGUCAAGUCUGCUCUGGUUCGUCACUGUUGCUUCUUUCUUCGGCAAAGUUCGCGGUUUUGCUAGUGCGUGAAUAAUCUGUGUGUUGUGUAUGGGGUUGUUUAUGUGCAAGCAUUAAGUGAACGAGAAGUGGGUUAGCGAAAUAAUAGUGCGUUGAUCUACCGUGAUGCGAAUUUGGCAUGCAUCGGAAACACAUAGAAUAACCGUGCAGUGGAAAAAUCAACAUCAUUCAGUGUGAAAGUGUCUCUAAAUUUUGGAAUCCGUGUGUAACGGCCGCUUGCGUAGAUAGUGUCAGUGGUAAGGUAAAUGUUGGCAUUGCCUAAAAAAGCUUGUGUCUGCUAGCCAACAUCACCGUAACCCACAUCCGAAGAACAGGCAUUCUUGGCACCAGGAAGCGAUUGUCCAGAUUGCCCACAGUGACGACGUAUUUUGUCAUUCGUAAAGUUUUCCCCUAUCGAGAGCCGAAUGCUGAAGCAAUUCUUAAAGAUCUAGACGCCCACGUCGAAAAACCGCAGACCGGCCCGAUUCACAAGUAAAUGCUUCAGUAUAUCUCCCCAUCGGACAAACAUCGGAUGCGGCAACGCAAGGAACAUCAAACCACAGAGGUGGUCCACGAGAGAUAUCUAACGCGCUUGUCGCUAGAGUGUGCUUAAAAUCACAGGUAAAGACGAUAACAUACCCAGCCGUACGAUGCAGCGCACGUUUGGUGGCCUUUCGGCGGCCAGUCGCGCUGGUGUUUACGAUGGCAAAAUUGCGGGCUUGUACGAUCUGGAGGAGACGCUCGGUUCGGGCCAUUUUGCCGUGGUAAAGCUGGCGCGGCACGUAUUUACCGGCGAAAAGGUAGCGGUGAAGGUGAUUGAAAAGACUAAGCUGGACGACAUCUCGCGCGCCCAUCUGUUCCAGGAAGUGAGGUGCAUGAAACUGGUCCAACAUCCAAAUGUAGUGCGGCUGUACGAGGUUAUAGAUACGCAGACGAAAUUGUACCUCAUACUGGAGCUGGGGGAUGGUGGCGAUCUGUACGAUUACAUUAUGCGCCACGAGAAGGGUCUGUCGGAGCACGUGGCUCGCGAGUACUUCCGGCAGAUUGUGCGUGCCAUCUCCUACUGUCAUCAGUUGCAUGUGGUGCACAGAGAUCUGAAACCUGAGAAUGUGGUGUUCUUUGAGAAGCUGGGCGUAGUCAAGCUAACCGAUUUUGGCUUCAGUAAUAAGUUCUGCCCGGGCCAGAAACUGGAGACGUCCUGCGGCAGUUUAGCGUACUCGGCACCGGAAAUCUUACUUGGCGACUCGUAUGACGCACCGGCAGUCGAUGUAUGGUCGCUGGGUGUGAUACUGUUUAUGCUGGUCUGUGGCCAUCCGCCGUUUCAAGAAGCUAACGAUUCGGAAACACUGACCAUGAUCAUGGACUGCAAGUACACGAUGCCUGCGCACGUGUCGGAUGGUUGCCGGAAUCUCAUCAGCAAGAUGCUUGUGCGCGAGCCCGAAAAGCGUGCCACGCUGCAACAGAUCGCCGUCGACGAAUGGCUGAUAGAGGGUAGCUGUGAGGAUACGCCGGAAAAUUUGCCCCUGGUCAGUCGGGAGCAAGUGAGCGAGGAGGAUCAUACGCUGAUCAUUCAGAAGAUGAUUAACGGAAAAAUUGCUACCAAAGAGGAAAUCUUAGAAGCUUUAGAUCGUAACGAGUACAAUCACAUAACGGCGACAUACUUUUUGCUGGCGGAGCGAAAACUUCGGGCCCACCGGCAGGAAGAGGCCCAGAAACGGAAACCGGAGCUUUCGUUGCCGGUUUCGAACACGGCCAGGCUGCUUCAAAGUUUUAAGAAAAACGAAGCAAACGAAGACGAGGACGCAAACGACGGACUGCUGUCGACGCGAUUGGGCAUGCAUUUGAGCGUUCCCAGGACGCCCGGCACGGAAACAGGACAGACCGGUCGAAGUCGGAAAUGUAGCAUCGUGCAGGAGGAGGAGGACGACGAGGAUGACGUUCAUUGUGCUGGCCAUGAGGAACUGUCGACGCCUCUGAACAGGAGAGGUUCACGCUCGGAAGGACGCAUCAACGUUACGGUGCAGGAUCGGAUAGCGGAGUCGGAGCGGCUAAAGCUCGAGGCUAAAAAGUAUCACCAGUCGGAGCAGAACCAGCAGCAGCAGCAGCAGGGCCGGCUAAGCGUCGGUGAUGAUCACGAGAAAGAAUCAAGUACGGAUCAGGUGGAUAGUGGUGGUGCUGGCAACGACCACCAGCGAGCGGUGCUGCCACAUCCACACGUAUCGCCCCUGCUCGGUGGAAUUGGCAACGUGACGCUGGUGACAAGCGAAAACAGCAGCACGAAGGAUCGGUUAGGUAUAGCGGGUGGUGGACUGCACCGGAAGCAGAUGCCGGAGCUGAAGCGACACGUCGGUGGUAGUAUCGAUUCGAAAAAGUCGUCCGUACUGAAACCGACGCUGGUGAAAAUUACGGACGGUGCUGGCGUUCGGUCGGGAUCGUUUGAUCAAUGUAUGCGCAGCAUGGGAACCGGCGGUGGUGGUGGUGGAGAGCUGGUAACGACCAAGAUAAUCACCGACAGCUCGACGAUAACGAUACCGAUUCCAACGCUCAACAUCGUUACCGCUUCGACGAUACCGAAGUAUAAGACGAUGCCGUCACCGACGCGGUCCAACGCUAUCCUUACCUCGACGACCAACUGCCUGAACGAAAUCUUCGAAGAGGGCACGGAUGUUGGCAGCUCGGACAGCACGAGCACGACACCGCGUCCGGCCAUACGGAGCCAGUUUGUUGCCGCCCGGCAGCAGAGCCAACCGACGGGCAAUGGAAGUAGUGCGGGGAGUGGUGGUGUUGCUGCUGCCGCCGGUGUUCCUUCGGCCGGUACGGGCAACAAUGUUCACCGACGCACCAAGUUUAACAAAUCGCGCACAGCGUCCUGUAGCAGUUCCGAUGCGUCCGACGAUGAUUCGGAGAAUCGGAAGAAGCGUGCCCACAAAAUCGUCGAUGCCACGAUCAAACCGCUGUCACAGCGAAGAGAUUCGCAUGACGAUUCGAGCGAUUCCCAGGAUCAGGGAAGCAAUGUGGCGGGCGGUGGUGGUGCCGGAAAACCACAAAUCAAGGGUAUAUCGGGAACGGCAAAUGGUGGUGGUGGUGGUGGUGGUGGUGGUACGAGUAAUGGAGGCACGGACGGUGGUGGUAGCGGUAGCCGAGGUGGCACCGGAGCGGCGGACGAUAAGCACGGGACAAACAGUCGACAGAAAGCAUCGCAGCAGGUAGAUUUUCGGCGGCACCGUGGUCGAAGAAGACCGGUCGAAACGCGAUUGCGUGAAAGUCAAUCGCUCAACCGGAUUACGGAAGUGCAGGAAUCGGAGGUCGGUGGUGGUGUUCAUUCGGUAACGCAACACCUAGCCAGCAGUACGGUCGUUGGCACACCGCUAGUAACGAUGGUUACCUCCAGUGGGGCCAUCUCGAAACCGGUGCCCGAUUCUACGACGAAUGGUGUGUGUAGCGAGCAGCCGCCGGCUGAUGGCGCGUGUGAUAAUUCGUCACCGACCGACCAGCCAUGUGAGCCAGCAGCAGAACCCGUGGAGGCUGCUGUGCACAGGGAAGCAAGCAAACCGACCAACGCGAAAAAGGCACAGUCUGCAAAGUCGACAUCGUCACCGCGACAGCAUCACCACCAUGCAUCAUCCAAACCGAAAGGGCUAAGUGCGAGAAUAUUCCACACGUUCAAGAAGCAACCGGCGGCAGCAGCAGCAGCAACAACGCCGGCAGCCCCGGUCAGUGCGGCGGCCAGUGCAAUGGCCGAUCCACCGUCCACCGGGUCGGGCGAUGAUAUAGAGAUUGUGGUAGAGUUGGCCAAAGCUCUAAAAGACGCAUCGGCGGAAAGUGGCAAGACUGGUAGCAACACGAAAAAAAUAAAGAUUCUUGGCCGCUAUUUUCAGGUGCACAAGAAAAUUUAUGUCCCACUGUCCGGUUUGUUCCAGCGCGGCCGCCUGUACAAAGCGCAAUCGUGCGGUUCGAUCGUUCGCGACAAGGUGAACGUAAACCCGAACGGCGGUCCCGGCGGCGGUGGAUCGCACGCAAACACUACCGGCCGUCACUCGACGAUAUUCACCGAGAAGAACCGUAUCAUUAAAAAUUGUCUCGGCGAUCCCAGCGCCGCCCGGCAGCAUCUGGGCAGUGACGGUGACAUUAACCACAACGGUGGAUCCCAUCAUCAUCAUCAUCAUCAUAGCAGUAGUGGCUUUCUGGCCACGCUCUCGACCAGUGCACCGACGGCCGAGGUGCUGGUCCGUGGUGGCGCAUCGCCAGUCGAGCUAGUGGCAGCAAAUGGGCGACGGUCCAGUAUCGUCGACCAUGCCGCCGCAGUGCUCAGUGCUACCGCCGUCACAACAACAUCGCCUGUCCCGAUCAAAACGGCAUAGUAGGUCGGUUGGAAUGUUGUAACCGCACCGCGCAGCUAUCACAAAAGCCAAAGAGAUCGGUUCCUCGCUCCAGCGGUCCGGAAUGGCAGUGUUUGUAAUGCAAUUCGUUAACACAUAACGUACGUAGCAGUAUCGCUCACGCCAAUGUUAGCACUAUUUAGUCGAACUCUUUUACUUAACCGGUCCCCUCCUUUUCGAUUUUGAAAGAUUUAUAAACACACACACGACAGGCGGAUUCGAUUCGAAAUGCCAGUAAAAUGUGCAAUAUACGGGACUAAAACGACUAAAGGGACAACCGCGGUCGGGAUUUUUUGGUAAUGUAAUACGGUUUUGCUGUAAAACCGAUGACAUACUCGUGCGAAUAGCGAAACGAAAAUCGAAUAAGUAUGACAUUGGAAGUAUUAGUUAACGCUUAAGUUAGGUACGAGUCCGUUAGGAGCAUUGUUUUAGUUUCGUAUUUUUAAACACCACGUAGGAUGACACACACACACACAUACACACGCAAACCAAAGUUUGAUCGUUUGACAAAGGUGUUAAGCUUAAGGCUGAUAAAGAUAUCGGAUAACAAGAAUCUAGGUGGAGAAAUCUGGUGGCGGACUGAAUAUCGGAAUAGCUCGAAGUUGAGUGUUAGAAAAAUAGGACAUAUUGGCACACACACACACACACGCUAUACAGUAUAUAAGCUUAGAGCGAGUAUAUAAGCUGGACGAGCCUGCAAAGGCAAAAGAUGACACUAAUAUGAUGUGGUGUGCGGUAGUAACCGCUUAGCCCACACAGAGAAAGGGGAGAUACGGAUUUAGGAUAAAGUUAGUUGCACACACACACACACACACACCCGGCACGUACACACAGACACAUCCGACACGUGCAAGCUACUACGAAUACUAAAACUAUUUUUGUAGAUAAUUUACUACCUUUUUAAUGCUAUGAGUAACUUUUGAUAAUAACCUUACCAUUUUGUCGAUUACUUAUACUGCAUUGUGUGUGUGUGUGUGUGUGUGUGCGCGCGUGAGCCCGUUGGGAGUGUUGUCCCGGGGCUAUUCCCAGGGGGGAGAUAUUGUGUGUAGAGUUGGGUUUUUGGUACGAUUAUCAUUUGUGUAUGUGCUGUGCACAACCAUUUCUCUCUCCAUGAGUUUCACGUUGGACGGUACUAGCUCUUGCACGAUUGCAAAACAAUCCAGUGGGAAGUAGUGGUCGGUAUCGUCAUAGUAAGGGUGCGAGUGGAGAUGAAUGACUAUAGGCCGUUUUAAGAAUUUGUUGGUAAAGAGAGCACUGCUAAUACUGAUUGUUUGCACAAAACGGAAAUGAAACACGGAACGGCGGAACCGGUAGCGAUAAGUUACGCGUUAAGAUAAUUAUGUUUUGCUUCGCACUAAUACACUAAGGCGGGCACACCACCGCAACCCCUCGGUGACGCAAAAAUGGGCAUUUAUUAAGCUUAAGCUAUAGAAGAAUUCAAUCCGCGGGGUGACGCACUGUGCGACUGUGGAGUGUGGGUGGGAUAGGUUAGUAUAGCUCACACACUCACCACACUACACUAAAAAGCAGGACUACAAAGUUAGCAGAAAAAAAGAACACAUUUUUUAUGUUGAAUCGCUGCAAAAACAAAACGAAUGGCGGGAGAGUUAAAAAAAAAACGAUACCACCGUCUCUCGGAUGUGCGCGAACCCCCACACGCGCUGCUAAUAUUUAUUGAUGGCUGCACUCUGUGAUGUAUGUAUUUCUGGUGUGUUCCUUAUCUCUUACGCGCGUCCCAGGGCGAAUCGGCGGAAAUUACAAAAAAAAAAAUAGGAAGAAGCAUUAUUAGCUUACUACCACCGCAGCAUCUGUUUUUGAAACAAGCAAGGCUAAUAGCGCAGGAGCUCCUUUCAUUUCUCUCUCGCUCUCUCUAACACGUUCCUUCUCUUUCGGAUAUCUUAAAAAUGGCGGACCAGUUGGGAUUAUCCAAGCAUCCAAGCAAAACCACAAACACAUGGGGUAGAAAAGAGAGGUAGAUAUAAUAGUAGAUACAGAACCACCACUACAAAUAUGAAAAUGGAAACUACACCAAUCAAGAUCAUCCGGUCAAGGUGGCAUUGAAUAAUUAGCCCACGGGCGGGAUGUUUCCAGCAGGCAAAUUCUAAACGAUACCAGGAGAUAUCGAACGCAACAUGAUAAAAAGGCACCACACACACACACCCCCUGAUCGUAAUCCUCGCAAUGAAGCUCAUGUGGCGAACGUAGUGGCACGAUUGUUGUGUAGGUAUAUGUGUUUAUUUUGUGUUUCGUUUCGUUCGUUUACCGUUCACCCAAUCACUCGAUGAGAAGAACGAACGUAACCAUGGGAGUAUUGAUGCUGUGUGUGUGCGUGUGUUGUGUAGCGUGUAGUGUGUAGAUCGAUGGGUAGAUUCUCAAUCACAGCAGUCCCCAGGGGGCGGGCGAGCAUCACACAGAAUCGUAGAGAAUCCUGCAAGCGCGUGGUGUUGUUUUUCUGGAGAUUUUUAGAGACCGAGAUAGAUGUAUCAACGCGUUUUUUUUUGUGGAACGAUGCUGAUGUUUACAUUUAUACAUUACCUAAUUGUCGUGCUAAAGUAACAAAUGCGAAACAGAAACUUUAAACUGCGGCCGCGUUGUACCGUGUCAAACAAACAAGCUGGUCUUGUUGUGUUACUAUGGUUACAGGCGUCUUUUACGUUUAGAGGCGUACAUAGAGAGAGAGAGAGAGAGCGGCCGAAAGAACAAUGUGAGCAAAAAUGGUGCGAUUUUAAAAUUCUAAUGCUGCUGAUAGGAGGAGAUCUACCAUUUACCGUGACACACAUGCUUUUUGAUUUGGUCACUACUCGUUCACAACCAGAAACCUUCAUGUUGCAUCUCUGGUCUGGUUUUUGUUUCACUGUUGAACCCCUUUUCCACACGAUCUAUAAAUGUUUGACGUUGAAAGUAAUAGUAACAGCAAAUAGAAUUACCUGGACACGCUCACAAAACUAAGCAGAAAAUUUAAACAAAAAUAAUAAAAAAAAAACGCUUCAAUACAAUAACUUUCGAUGUGCAAAGUUUGCGCAAUAAUAACAAUUCUAACCGAAUCAAAAAAUCAGAUCAAUCAGCACAACAACUAGCAACAAGAGUAUCAAAACCAAUAAGAAACCAUCAAAAUCGUACAUGUGUCACGAGCAAAACAGCAACACACAGAAUCGUUAAAUGAUGGUGUGAUUUCGUUAUUGAUUUCCUACCAGCAACCACAGCAAGUAAGAUCAUCACCAUCAUCGUCCCCUCUUGUAACAUAUGCGCACGUGUUUGUGUGUAUGUAUUGUAUGUGUGUUUGUGUUCCAUUUGUUGGUGAUGUUUUAGCUGGCAAAUGUGUCGUCUUUCCCCGACACGCAAUCAAAGGCGCCACAGACGAAUGUCACACCAAGCAACACCUAAAAUCACUCUAUAGAGCUGUAGUAAUACAGCAACGUAAACACAGCAACAGGAACAAGCAGGACGAGAUGGGACCGGCAAAAGAAAAAAAACAAACUAAAAAGAAAAGCUUAACAACACCCCCGCACCCCACGAACAUCGCCACAUUGCUAGGACAAUGUCUCAAAAGCUCCAAAACAAAAUUUCCCCCCCCCCCCCCGUUAGAUCGUCAUACACCCCGCGCUCGAUGGGCACGCGUAAAAGAAGCAAGGUAAAGUGCAAAGGAAAGAGAAAGCAGGAGAAAAAAUAAAUAAAUAAAAAAACAAUACACAAAAGAGCUGUUUAAAAACUGUUAA